AUGUUAAAGUCUGAUGGACAUAGGACGAAAAUCGCAAGUAUUGCUGACGAGGAGGAAGUAUUGCAAGAAAUUUACUCCAACGAAAACCUUUUCAAAAUCAAUGAUGGCUAUCUAAUAUUUGCAACGAAUGACCCAAUGACAGAAAAUAAAGUAAAACUAAAAGACAAAGUGAUGUCCAAAUUUGUUGAAUCUUGUCUACGGUCUGAUGAAGAUCUUCAGAAAUACAUAAAAGAAUUGUCUGUAGAUACCUUGAUGGAUUAUUUCCGUUUGUGGAAUCACAAGACCGAUCAGCAGCCGUGCGUGUUUGUACCCGAACAUCUCACGGAUGAAUAUAUCCAACGUUUGGGAUUAGAUGCGAUUACCCAUGUGAUGGUGGAUCCUAAAGACGACAGUGACGGAUAUAUGGAGUAUGAAGACAUCAGGAAAAGAGUAUCAAAAUUAAAUCGCGUUCCGAUUGAAAUUCUCUCCUGGAAUCUUGAAGAAAGAAAACGCUAUGUGGAGAACGCGAAGAAGGGUGUAAGUCCGGUGUACAGAGCGCGGGGAAUGAUUGUAGGCUGUGCUGGGGCCGGGAAAACAACGCUUCUAAAAAGAAUUCAGAAGAAAGAUAUAACAGAUGUAAAAUCGACAACUGGUUUAGAUGUGUAUACCGAUUUAUUUCGAGUUGACGAGAAUCAGAGGAAAUUAGAAGAAUUACCUCAAAGUAUUUCAAAUGACGACUUCGUACCCAGGCUAGCAGAAGAAACCGCACACUUGAAAACCUUGAGUAUGACUGAUUUUGCCGGGCAAUGUGCUUACUAUGCUUGUCACCAAGUCUACUUGAGCAACAGAGCAUUUUACAUCCUUGUCGUUGACAUGUCAAAGAAUUUCAAGGACAAAGUUAGCUCAACAGAAAUUGAUCAAAAGCGGACACAUUUUGAAGAUUGGACAUACCAAGAUUACUUCGUGUUUUGGCUAAAAUCCAUCUCCACAUACUGCGAUGAAGAAGUGCCUGUCAUCCUUGUUGCAUCCCACUGCGAAAACAACACACAAGAUUGUCAGGGUGUGUUGAAGACUUUGCUGGAGUUGCUACCAAAUCAACUUGGUCUUCAUAGAUUCCUUAAAAAAUGUUUCCGAAUAGGCAUUAGCGGCGGACAACAUUUGUCUGCAAUACCAGAGAUUGAAAAGGCAAUUGUUGCAGAAAUAUUGAAUCAGAAACACUGGGGAGAAUGCAUACCCAGCAGCUGGUUCAGAUUUGAGGAAUUCAUACGCACUGAAAAAGAAAACCAUAAAAUCCUCACUGUAGAUGAAAUCAAGAACCACAUGCAACGUAUCACAGAAACUAAACCUGGUGUUCAGAAAGAAGAAGACGAAGAAACAGAAGAAGAAGAUGAGGAGGAAAUACUAAGCAAUCUAAAGGAUAUGCUGAAAUUCUUUCAUGAAAUUGGCAAAAUUAUUUAUUUCAAUGAAGAUGGAUUAGAUGACAAAGUGAUUUUAGACGUCCAAUGGUUUGUAAAUGCGUUCAAAGAGGUCAUCACAGACAGCAAACAUGCACAGUUUAGAACAAAGGCAGAAUGGACGGAGUUUAAUGAAACAGGGAUACUAAGGGAUGACGUCUUAUGUGAAAUAUGGAGAGAAACGAAUACAAACGACAAUUUCAAACGUUACAAAAAUGACAUACUUACGUUCAUGGAGAGAUUAGGAUUGCUUGUCAAUGGAAAGGAAAAAGCUCAUCUCGUUCCCAGUGUGACAAAGAGAGAUUACAAACAGCAAGAAAAGAGUAAGCUGGCCUCAACAACUCAGAAGACUUCUGUGUUGUAUUUCCACUUUGACUUCUUGCCUUUGUUUGUCUACCAUCGAUUGAUUGUCUCCUGCUUUUCGUUCGAUGGCUGGGAGCCCUUAACAAAUGGAUACAAAUGUAUCUAUAAGAAUGUGUCUGAGUUUAAGUUUAAAAGUCACUUCAUUUUCCUUGGCGUGGACGAUGAUGAUAUCCGUCUGCAGGUGUACAGGCCUAACAGCGAUACAGAGCUCGACAUUAAUGUUGUAUGGGAAAUCAGAGAGACGGUAGAAAAAGAGUUACACAAACUUACCAAGACUUUCCACAAAAACAUCACAUUUUCGCUUGGAUUCUACUGCAUGUCAAAAAAGGAUGGUGGUGGUUUCAUUUCGGAGGAGAAAAUGAAAAUUAUCACUGGGGGCAUUUGUCCUCACCACGAAACAAGAACUGGUCAUAACGUAAAGAAAGAUGAAUUCCUCUGGCUGAAAGAUAAGCUGUCGCGAGAUCUUAGUGGCUAG